AUGACGCCUUCAUCAUCGCUUCUUUAUUGCCACGUCAGGCCUCUCGCCGUCGCCGCCGUGUGCCGCCAGCAGGCGCAGGUUGUGAAUGUUUUGGCCGCCCCCGCGACGUACAACCCGUUGGUGCGCAGUCCCGCUUUACCACCGCUCACUUCGUGGAAUUGCCUGCUGAUGGUGGGUUCGCCGUCCGUUCGCGCGCUAAUCUGGUGUUUGUUCCCGGAUACCCCCUGGACAGGUCGUGAUCUCCUGUCAACAGGCGAAUGGGCCUGGAUCAAAUGGCCGCUUCUCUGGUCUAUCCUGGUAUGGACGUUCUUCAGACUGGGGUUGUGCGCUCAGCUUCGCGAGAAGAUUAUCGUGACUCGAGCUGGGGCGCAGCCUCAUCGCACGUCGCGAUUUGUUCGGCUCACCGGGCUUUAAACUCUGGUCAAAGAGUGUCCAGGAGCCCGACUAGGAAGAUCACAUACAACCAUUUGCAGCGG